AUAGGCUUUUCUCUGACAUAUGGAAACUCUUUUAUUAUUUUGGUUAUUAAAAAUAAAUACAAAUGUAAUACACUUUCGUCGGCGUCGAAGUUAUAAAAAUAGCUCAAGAUGCAGUCCUCGCUAAAAACAAUUAUAAUGAUAAGACAAAGCUUAGCUGGACUAAUGGCCAUGGCAGCAGAUUGUGCAAGAAAGGGACAAAAAUAUGCCCAGGACACGCAACCGUUUACGGUGUUAAUUGAAGGAAACAUUGGCAGUGGAAAGACAACGUAUUUAAACCAUUUUCUGAAAGUUGAAAAAGAUGUCUGUCUUAUCACAGAGCCGGUGGAAAAGUGGCGUAAUGUGAAUGGUGUAAAUUUGCUGGCUAAAAUGUAUGAGGAUCCCAAGAAAUGGGCAAUGCCCUUUCAGUCGUACGUCACAUUAACGAUGCUGCAGGCACAUACACAGCCAACAAACAAAAAGUUGAAAAUAAUAGAGCGUUCCAUUUAUAGCUCACGCUAUUGUUUUGUAGAGAAUAUGUACCGGAAUGGAUCUUUGGAGCUGGGCAUGUACAACACACUUCAGGAAUGGUACAAGUUUAUUGAGCAAUCGAUCCACGUGCAGGCCGACCUAAUUAUUUAUCUACGCACCACUCCCGAGGUGGUCUUUGAGCGGAUGAGGGAACGUGCACGUUCCGAGGAGAGUUGUGUACCAUUGAAAUAUUUGCAGGAGUUGCAUGAACUGCAUGAGGAUUGGCUCAUACACCAGCGGCGUCCACAGCAAUGCAAGGUUCUUGUAUUGGAUGCCGAUCUGAAUCUGGAGAACAUUGGCAGCGAGUACCAGCGUUCGGAGACGAGCAUUUUUGAUGCAAUCUCAAGUGCACAUCAGCCUCCAGCGGUGCUGGUGUCGCCCAGUAAACUUCAAAGAAUGUCCAGCUAACUGAAGAUUGAAAGUACAAGUAUGGACACAUCUAGCAGAAUAUAUUUAUAACUAUAUUUAAUAAUUUAACCCAGAAGUCUGCUAGAUUCACAGACUCUGAAUACACAUUUCCUAUUUAAUUUUAAUUGUUUGGGUACGAAAUUUUAUAUAUAACCCAGGCAACAUAUUCUUUAAUCUUAAGUUUAAUUGUGUAAUCUGUACUUACCUUCAAUUUGAACGUUUAUAAUCACUAUUAUAUUAUAUACCUAUUAACUUACAUUCUAAGCUGAAAAUAAAAUAAACAUCGCUGUUGGCAUUUGAGAUAGUGUAA